AUGUUUCAGGAGCAGUUCAGGGACCGCGCGAUCGCCAAGUGUCUUCAUUGGUUGGAACCGUUCCCCGUGCGGGAGGAGCAUUUGGACGCUCAGAAGAUCAGCGGGGGCAUAACCAACGUGCUGUAUAGGGUGUGGGUCAAGACCGAAUUUGCGGAGUGUGUACGACAAGUUUUGAAAGGCGACUCUUCAUCAGGAGUGCCCGGCGGCGGUUCGCUGCUAACCGCUGGAGUAGGUGUAAGGUUUUUUGAUCGGGCGCAGGCAUGCGAGCUCGUCGAUCGCGAGGAAGAAGCAUACGUGAUAAGUUUAUUGAGCAAUGCUAUAUGUAAAUCUACUUACUAUCACUUCCGUAACGGACAAAUCGACGAAUGGCUCUCAGGUCGUAAUGUAACCAUCGCAGAACUCAAGAACUUCGGCUGCUACACCAGGGCUGUCGCGCAGCACUUGGCCAAACUACACCGGACUAAAUAUCAAUAUUCACGUCGACCCGACCAACUUAUUGAAUUCGCCAAACUGACGACGGCUACGCCGUCGCCAGGCGACCAUUCAAUCCCAUACAAAGAAACCGCAGGUAAGCGGGUCGUCGCGGCUGGCGAGGUGCCGGGGCUGCUUCUGAAGGGUGGCAACAACAACGUUGUUCGGCGUCUGACGUUUUGGGUGAAUUUCUUGACUUCGUACGACUACUCUGAGUACCAUCAUCUCAAUGAAGACUUAAGAGUUUUUUAUGAGCUCUACGAGCAAGUUGGUCGUUCCUACUCGGUGAAGGAGGUUUUAUGCCACAAUGAUCUGCUCAACGGUAAUAUAGUUCUUACGGAUCAUUUGGAACGAGGUACGCCGGUGGAAGGUCAGGAGCUGGCCGUCGAGUUCAUCGACCACGAGUACUCCAGUCUGGGCUUCAACGCUUAUGAUCUGGCUAACCAUCUAGUAGAGACCGCAGAUGAAGAUUGGCGCUUCCCUCAUCCGGAUGCCUACGUAAGGGAGUUUGCCGUGACCUAUUUAGAGGCAUUCAAUGAUCUCCUCUCUGGUGAGGACCAGCAAGGUAGCACUACCGCGUGCAGUGGCGAAUCCAUUCACUCAAGUUCAGAGCCAAGCGCCGAGGACUCCCAAGCAAACUUGGCGCCGUCUCUAGUGGCGCAGCUGAAAAUUGACUCACACACCAAACACAAGGAGACUGGGCCAGGCGAAGGGCUACAGCAAAACAGAGAAGGCGAAGACCGAGAAGGCGAAGACCGAGAAAGCGAAGAGCAAAAAGGAAAAGGUGAAGAACGAAAAGGCGAAGAACGAAAAGGCGAAGACCGACAAGGCGAAGACCGACAAUGCGAAGACCGACAAGGCGAAGACCGAGUAAGGACGCGGGAUGACGCCGCGAAAACACCAGCUUCUCCUGCAGCACAGACUGCGGCUUCCAGCGAAGCAGCGGAUACUCCCGCUACUGGUACUCCCGCUGCUGGGUCUGCUGGUUCCGGUGACGACCUGUCGUUGAACCAUGGCACCGUGAAGUGCCAAACGAAGGGGGCGUGCCGAGAAGAUGGAUCUCUGAGUGAGGCGCUCAUGAACCUGGUGGUUAACUUGGCAAACGUUCGGGACGAGACCUUCAGGCCCUAUCUGAUGACUGAAGCCCUGGUGGACGAGUUCGUCGAAUGUAUCAAGGCGGCCUCUCCGCUCACCCACUUCUUUUGGUCCGUCUGGGCACUGGUGCAGAACAUCAAUAACCCUUCGGACGUAGCGUGUAACUUUGCUCAGUUCAGCGCCACGAGAUACCAACGAUGGAGCUCCUCACCCUACGUGACAAGACAGCGAGCGGCAUGUCGGAAACAACCCCGCCAAGUUUAG